UGUCCCACCCAGGUCUCUGGCCAUCCUCUUUGCUCUUUCUUGCAGGUGUCCACUCCACAGGGCUCCUGACCACGCCCGGACGGCAGUCCUCCAGACUCUGGUCAGGCCAGACUCCGCAGACCUGCUUCGGCAAUGGGUAACGAGGAGCUGUGGGCCCAGCCAGCCUUGGAGAUGCCGAAGAGACGGGACAUCCUUGCGAUCGUCCUCAUCGUACUGCCCUGGACGCUGCUAGUCACCGUGUGGCACCAGAGCACCAUUGCACCCCUGCUGGCCACACACAAGGAUGACGGAAGUGACCCCCGGCGCGAAGCUCCCCCCGGCGCGGACCCAAGGGAAUACUGCAUGUCUGAUCGCGACAUCGUAGAAGUGGUGCGCACUGAGUACGUGUACACGCGGCCCCCGCCCUGGUCAGAUACACUGCCCACCAUCCACGUGGUGACGCCUACCUACAGCCGCCCGGUGCAGAAGGCGGAGCUGACGCGCAUGGCCAACACGCUGCUGCACGUGCCCAAUUUGCACUGGCUGGUGGUGGAAGACGCACCGCGCCGCACGCCGCUGACAGCGCGUCUGCUGCGCGACACCGGCCUCAACUACACGCACUUGCACGUGGAGACGCCCCGCAACUACAAGCUGCGCGGGGACGCACGGGACCCGCGCAUCCCGCGGGGCACCAUGCAGCGCAACCUGGCGCUGCGCUGGCUUCGAGAGACCUUCCCGCGCAACUCCAGCCAGCCUGGGGUCGUGUACUUCGCGGACGAUGACAACACAUACAGCCUGGAGCUUUUUGAGGAGAUGCGCAGUACCAGGAGGGUGUCUGUGUGGCCCGUCGCCUUCGUCGGUGGCCUUCGGUACGAGGCCCCACGGGUCAAUGGGGCAGGGAAGGUGGUCGGCUGGAAGACGGUGUUCGACCCCCACCGGCCAUUUGCAAUAGACAUGGCAGGAUUUGCAGUCAACCUGCGGCUCAUUUUGCAGCGAAGCCAGGCCUACUUCAAGCUGCGUGGUGUGAAAGGAGGCUACCAGGAAAGCAGCCUCCUCCGAGAACUUGUCACCCUCAGUGACCUGGAACCCAAGGCAGCAAACUGCACCAAGAUCCUGGUCUGGCACACAAGGACAGAGAAGCCGGUGCUGGUGAACGAGGGGAAGAAAGGCUUCACUGACCCCACGGUGGAGAUCUGAGCCCCAGGAAACAGGAGCCUCCUUCUCAGACCCUGCUCCUGGCCUCCUUCUCUCCACAUGGCUGGUGGUCCCUCCGAGGCAGCCUCCUAAGGACUCGCCACCACCCUCCUUUCUACUCUGCAGCCUUCAGAGAGAACCCAGCCUGAGGCCAGGACAAAAGGACGGAGACCCUAAAGCACAGAAACCCCGGACCUGUUCUGUUCCAUCUGGCAUGGCCAGGGGCCCAGCUGCUGGCUGCACCAGGCCAGCCAGCAAGCCUCCUGCCUUGGCAGGGCCUGCAGGACACGUGGGCCCCCCAGCCCGGGGUGAUGCCGUGCUGGGAGGGAGGUGAAAGGCCCAGCGGUCCAGCGAAGCCUCCCUGCUCCCUUCUCAGGGCUCCACAACCACACAGGACACCAGGCCAGGGACUUCUGAAGAUGGAGAGCAGCCCACAUCCAACCUCACCCCAUGUCAGGAAUGCACUGCUCCACUGAGAUGCAGCCCUCAAUUUCCUCUGGCUCCUGUUUCUAGAGCAUCAAGCUGUCUGUGCUCCCAGCAGGCAGCCUCCUAGUCAGGGGAACCAGACUGCUUGCAGGCACCCCCCUCGCAGCUCCCCACCUCCUCACACCUUGUGGUGGAGCAGAGCCCCUUUCCCAGCCCUCAGCCGUUGUCCCUCAAGCCUGCUUCUUCCAGCCCAGGAAAGGAGGCAGGCCCUUGGGCCAGCACAGGGCCAUGGGCUGACCUGGACUAGACCCUGUCCACACGCUGGCCCCCCCGCCCCCGGCACUGGGUUCCAGGUCCCUCUCCUGGGCUGGGAAUGGGGAGACAGAAGUCCCCCAACCCAGAGCUGUGAGAGCCACAAACCACAGGGGCUCCAAGAGGCCAGGCGGUCCCAGGGCUUCUCCCUGCCCCUGGCUGGAGGGGGACAACUUUGGAUCAGCAGAGGGAUUUAUGGCUGCUUUGGAAAUCAUGCCAUUUACACACAAAGUGGGAAAGAAAACUUCACUUCUUCCUAAACCGGGGCACACAGAGAGCAAGCCAGCUUCACAGCGAGCCGCCCCCUCCAUCCCAGAGAAGGAACAGAGAGCGGCCCUUGGCCAGGAGGAGAGGCUUCUCUGGCUUUCAAUGGGGCCAGCUCCUCCACUGGUCUCCCCCUCAUGCUCCUGACUGUUGGAAGCACAAUUUCCCUCCUUCGUGGAGGCAGAGGAAGGGCCUGAGCCCUCUGAAGAGGUGUUUAUUUUUAACCGCUAACAGCCCCACUCCGCUUAAACUCACAGGACAGAUCUGAGGACCGGGAGAACCCACUCCUGGGUGCGUGCGUGGUGGGUGGGACUCAGCCCAGCGACCUAACAUUCACAAAUAGCAUCGGCUGCCUAUUUUGAAACGGAUUUAACUCCCCACCGUAGUCAGGAAACCGUCAAUGGGAUCACAUCCCUAGAGCCCUGAAUCAGCUUGCAGGAUGCCCCACACCCAUGGCGAUUUGGGAACCGCAUGGGUGGCAGGAAAGGAGGGUGGGCGGGCACAGGCCUCUGUCAAGUGUGGGAUUUACACCAGGCCCUCUGCUGUCUCAUUUGCCAGGACCAGCCCUGAUCGCCAGGUCAGAUGGGCUGGACUUGGGCCACCCUCUUGGCCAAAAACCCAGGGCUCACUUUCAGGAAGUUGAUAAUGAACCACAAAAUGGGAUAGUCUCUCUCUUUUUUAUUUUAUUUAAUUUUUUAUUUGGGCAAAUGCUACUUCUUUUUGUUUUCACUUAAUACCCUCUCUUAGCUGCAUGUGUAUUUAUUUAUAAUUAUAACCCUGGUGGACUGCAGCUUUCAUCUUUGUUGGGAAUGAGUUGGUUAGGAAUCAGAACUGGGUUCAUGACUGCAGUUUAUUUUCCAAAGCCAGUCUGUUCCCUGCUCCCACCGUAUGGAGUGAGACGGGGGCUCAGAGUCCAGAGGACAGAGACAGGAGGGUGGAGCCCAGGCAGCUGUGCCAUCUGGUCUGUUUUAAUUUAACUGUAUUUAAUUUGUUUCGAAAUUAAAAGUCAAAUAUGGUUUUUAACAGUC